AGUGUGUGUGUAUUAUUGUUAGUCUUGUCAAUUCCCUUCUCAUUUUUGUUACUAGUCUGUUCUUCCGGCUGCAGGUCCGGAUCGACCUCGUCAGAGUUCCCUCGAGCAAGCACGAGGCGGCCGGCAUGCAGAACGGAGACCGAACCAAUCAAAUGAAUCAAUCGAGUCGAGUUAUACAGGCGCAGACGCAGCUAGCAAUUCUUUCCAGCUAGAGCGUUCGCACGCACGCGUCAUGAAGCAGCACGUAGUCACGUACGCGCUAGCUGCAUGGAACAAGUCACAAAGCACCGAUGCUAUAUAAGCAUGCUUCCGUUUCAUGCUUCAACCCAUCCACUUCAACGUGAAAUCUAGAAAAGCAACCUAGCAGUGCUUCUACACUACAGCGGCUGAUCUCGUUCUGAAUCAUCUCCAGAGUAUCUCAUAGUUUCGGUAUACAGCGCUUGUGUCACAAGACAAGUCACAAAGUACGUACCGAUCGGCGCGCGCGCCUUGGCAUCAUCGCAAUUUUGCCAUGGCAUACUCCAAGAGCUCUUGCGUCGUUGCACUUGCCUUGCUCCUCUUCGUUGCGCUGGCUUUCACCGCAAAUGGCGCCAAGCUCUCGGCCAGGUACUACGACAAGACGUGCCCGAACGUGCAGCGCGUUGUGCGGUCCGUGAUGGCGCGCAACGUCGCCGGCCAGCCGGGGAUCGCCCCCGCCGUCCUCCGCCUCUUCUUCCAUGACUGUUUCGUCAACGGAUGCGAUGGCUCCGUUCUCCUGGAUAGCACGCCCUUCUGGGACAGCGAGAAGGACGCGGUGCCCAACGCGUCGCUCCGGGGCUUCGAGGUGGUGGAGCAGAUCAAGUCCCUGCUGGAGCACGACUGCCCGGCCACCGUGUCCUGCGCCGACAUACUCGCCCUCGCCUCCCGCGACGCCGUGGCCAUGCUCGGUGGCCCGGCCUGGAACGUGCCCCUGGGCCGCAAGGACUCGCGCGCGGCCCACAAGGAUGCCGCCGAGGCCGGUCUCCCCAGCCCGCAGGACAACCUCACGGCGCUCGUCUCCGCGUUCAGGGAGCGCGGCCUGGACGCCCGCGACAUGACCGCGCUCUCCGGCGCGCACACUGUCGGCAUGGCCAGCUGCGAGAACUACAGGGAGCGUGUGCACGGCGACGGCGACAUCGACCCCUCCUUCGCCGAGACCAGGCGGCGGAACUGCCCGCCGUCCGGCAAUGACGGUGGCAUGGCGCCAUUCGACGAGCAGACGCCCAUGAGGUUCGACAAUGCCUACUACAAGGACCUGAUCGCGCGGCGUGGGCUCCUUAGCUCCGACCAGGCGCUCUACGGCUCCGGUGGGAAGCAGGACGGUCUGGUGGAGAUGUAUAGCAGGGAUGGGGAGACCUUCGCGAGGGACUUCGCCAAGGCCAUGGUGAGGAUGGGGAACAUACGCCCGCCCAAGGGGACGCCGGUGGAGGUCAGGCUCAGUUGCAACGUGGUCAACAAUUGAUGGUUCAUGACUCUUUUUCCGAACCAAUCAACACGCUGGCCUCCGUUCAUUACUGUUUAAUUUGUCGACAGACAAGUUUGUACAAUAAAUUGUAAUUCUCAUUCGUUCAUUGAUUUCUCAAAUUUGUAUUUACUCACUUCUAGUGCAGUGCAAAUUAAGUUCUGUAUUCAUAAAUAAAAUAAACUUUCCAUUA